UCUUAGUCCCGCAGUAAAGGAGACUAUGGCCGCGAAUGCGGGAACACAAAUUUUGAAAUACACUGUACACAAGUGGUCGAGUUUCUCAUACAACUAUGUACCAGAAAAUGUGUAUGUAGACAGUCCCAGUGAUCAAUCGUCACGAUGGUCGUCCGAUUCUAACCAUCCUCCACAGUUCUUAAUUUUGAAGCUAGAAAGACCUUCAGUUGUUAAAUCCAUCACCUUUGGUAAAUAUGAAAAGACGCAUGUGUGUAAUUUGAAGAAGUUCAAGGUGUUUGGUGGCCUCACCGAUGACCAUGUAGUGGAGCUAUUAGAAAGUGGCUUGAAGAAUGAUCACUUGUCGGAGCAGUUUGUACUGAAAUGUGAAAUAGAAGACCAUUAUUUUCCCUGCAGAUAUAUCAAAAUAGUCCCAAUACAAGCAUGGGGACCCAAUUUCAACUUCAGUAUUUGGUACAUAGAGUUACGGGGCACAGACAAAUGGGAAGUGGUGAAACCUUGUAUAAACUGGUUUAAUUCAUAUAGAGAAAAGGAGGCAAUCCGUUUGUGUCUGAAACAUUUCCGACAGCGACAGUUCAUCGAAGCAUAUGACGCCUUACAGAAAAAGACAAAAGUUGAAUUGGAACAUCCGAUACUGACAGAGCUCCAUGACAAAUUGGUGAAACAGGGUGACUUUGAUGCGUGCGAGUCUUUAGUCUGGAGAGCAUGUCAAGAGAGACUGUUUGACCAGUACAUAGGCCUUCUAGACUACAAACCAAAAUGGACACCUAUAAAGCCGAUGACAAAAGUAGGGGAACUGUUGACAGAAAACCGGCCGGGGAUGAGGGGCGGACACCAGAUGUGUGUGGACAUCCUGGCAGAUACACUGUAUCUGUUUGGGGGAUGGGAUGGAAGCCAAGACUUAGCAGAUCUGUGGGCAUACCAUAUUCCAUCUCGGACGUGGUCUUGUGUCUGUAAAAAUACAGAGGAGGAGGGUGGUCCCUCUGCGAGGUCAUGUCACAAGAUGUGCCUUGACCACGAACGAAAACAGAUAUUUAUACUUGGGCGGUACUUAGACUCGACAGUACGCACAUCGGACAACCUCAAAAGUGAUUUCUAUAUGUACGACAUCGGGUCAGCGAAAUGGACAAUAAUUACCGAGGACACCCAUGCAAUGGGAGGACCCAAGUUAAUCUUUGAUCAUCAAAUGGUCAUGGAUAUUGAAAGACGCACACUGUUUGUGUUUGGGGGUCGAGUACUCACAAGUGCCGGUGAAGGGGUAGAGCGUACCAGUGAGCCGGAGUUCAGCGGACUGUAUGCAUACCACGUUCCCACCAACACAUGGAAACAAGUGAUGACGGAUUGUGCAGAGCUCCGUUCACGAAUUGGACACUCAAUGCUCUUUCAUCCUAAAAGGAGAGUGUUGUAUGUGUUUGCAGGUCAGAGAGCAAAGGAAUACCUCAAUGACUUCUUCUCAUAUAACGUUGAUACAGGACAGAUUGAGAUCAUUGCUGAUGGAAGUAAGAAGGAGACAAACUCUGUAGGGGGUAUGCAAUCUUCUCCUAACCCCCUCUAUAUUCUCUGGGAUGAAAUGUCCGCUCAUUAUCAUCCUGCGCUGAAAGAAUUCAUCAAAAAGAGUGCUAUACCAGCAGCCGGCUUUACACAGCGUGCUACAAUUGACCCGGACUCUGAUGAAAUACAUGUUCUCUCAGGACUAAGUAAAGACAAGGAUAAACGAGACAAUGUGAAAAACUCAUUUUGGGUGUAUGAUAUUAGUAAAAAUAAGUGGUCAUGUGUUUACAAGAACGAAAACUCUGGACAACAGUACUGGACAAAGAUGCAGCACGUAGAACCAGUACCCAGGUUUGCUCACCAACUGGUCUACGAUCACGUUCACAAGGUACACUACCUAUUUGGUGGGAACCCUGGAAAGGAAAGCUUACCAAAGAUGAGAUUGGAUGAUUUCUGGACAUUAAAACUUUGUCGACCCACUGCUGAAAAUUUGUUACGGCGAUGCAAAUAUUUAAUUCGGAAGUUUAAAUUCCAAGAAAUGUCAGAAUCUGAUUCCCGGUCAGCCAUGUUGUACCUUCAAGCCAGUUUAGCUGAAAUUGUGGAUCAUAACAACCCAGAGGAACGAUCUGAGUUUCAGUUGCUGGCAUCAACAUUGUUCAAGGCAGAAGAGGAGGAAGAUGUUUUUAAUGAGAUGGCAGGUGUAGAGACUAGCGAACACUAUCAGUCGAGAACGGAACUUUUCGACAAGUUAGUGGCCUUUUUCCCCGAACAGAUGACCCAGCCCAAAGGCAAUCUCGUCGACCUCAUCCCGAUGAUGUGAUAGUCAUCACAGGACAGGAUGUGUUCACAUUCAUCAGAGAUAUUUGGGCCCCGUAUAACUGUUACCUAAUUCAAGGAUUACUCCUAUGAAAUAAUCCUCCUUACGAUUGAUCCAACUCUUCCCAAGAUGUGAUUACCAUAAUGUGAUUGGUCAACUUUUUCUCAUGAUGUGGUUGAUCAAUUCUUCCCAUGAUGUAAUUGGUCAACUCCUCCGAUGGUAUAAUUGGUCAACUUGUCCUAAAAUGUAUGAUGUGAUUGGUCAACUCUUCCCAUGAUGCGAUUGGUCAACAUAUCCCAGGAUAAUGUUGGGUGAACCUGUCCAAGAUGUGAUUAGUUCUCUCUUGUAUCUUUCUGACAAUAGUUGUUUUUAAACACUUUUGUCAUAUACAACAUACAGAUGAUCAUCUUGCUAAACUGAGGUUAGUCAACCGUUUCCAUGAUAUGGAUGAUUGACUAUUUAUUCUAAAUUUCCCCUGGUGUGUUAUGAAGACCCUAGUACAUUGUUUGCUGAUAUAUAUAAAAUCAAUAUAUCAUUAUUGAUGGCAAAAACUUGGUGUUCGAUUUGACAUACUUAUCAAAAAUAAUUACGGUAUAUCACUGUUUAUAAACAGAAGUCUAUCAUGGCAAGAUAAGUGAAAGUUAACAUGAUAGCUGUAUGGUCCCUUUCUCCUGCCAUUAUGGCAACAAACUGGGCAUUGUCUGUGAGAAUUGUAACAUAAUUUUCUGACUCCACAUAAUGGUAUCAAGGAUAAUGUAUCAGAUACUUUCCAUGUUCAGACAUCAUCACAAUAAUUAUUAAGAUGUCAUAGGUCAUUGACAUUAGUCAAGACAUUGCCCGGGUAAAUGUUGAGACAUUGUCCUUGGCAAGUGAUAAGACAUCCAUCCUGACAUUGGUUCAGACAUUGUCUGUGACAAUUGGUAUGACAUUGUCUUUACAAUGUUGUCUCUGACAGGUGUUAAGAUAUUGUCAUUAAGACAUUGUCCCUGACAAGUGUUAAGACCUUGUCAUUAAGAUGUUGUCCUUGUCAAGUGUUAAGACAUUGUCAUUAAGAUGUUGUCCUUGACAAGUGUUAAAACAUUGUCAUUAAGAUGUUGUCCUUGUCAAGUGUUAAGACAUUGUCAUUAAGAUGUUGUCCCUGACAAGUGUUAAGACAUUGUCAUUAAGACCUUACAAGUGUUGAUACAUUGUCCCUGACAACUGUUAAGACAUAAUCUCAAAUAGUUGUUAAGACAUUGUUAUUGACAACUUUUAAGAUAUUGUCAAUGUCAACAUAUACCAGGAUGUCUUUGAAAGCUGCAUUAGGAAUUCUUACAUUCUGAGGUUGUCCCUGCGGUUGUUUGUGAGGAAGCAAUGUCUUAAUGACAUACUAAUGUAUUUGUGAGUUUUGCAUGUGUGUUAAUUGUACAAAGUAUAUUCACACCAGUUUAGCUCUUAAAGUGAUUUAAGAUAAAGGACAUUAUGUCACAUGGCAUCUACACUUGUAUUAGAAUAUGACUUGACAGGUUCAAAUCAUUAUAUCUGUGUUGUUGACUGUAUGUUGUGUAUUUGUGUUUUCUAGUAUAAAAAAGCAGGAGUGUAUUCAAAAGCACCGAUGUUGAGACUAGUCAGGCAGUUGUGAGGUUGAGUUAUCUUAAUUUUACAAUUUCAAAUCAUAACAGUUUUAAAUAACGUGACAUUUUAUAAAAAAUGAUAUUAUAUAAAUCUUGAUGUUGUUGAAAGUUAUGCAAAACUGAUGUUGAUAAGGGAACGGGAGGAGAGUAAUGUAAUUCCUUAAAACAUAAAAUUCAAAUACAGUUUGUGAUUUUUUCUGGAGAUUUAUUGGUUUGGAGAGGAAUUUUUCAAAAUUAGUGUCAAAAAGACAGUGAUAUAUAAUGAAAUGGUUCUGUUUUCCGUAAAACCAAAAAGUCACUCGGGGUGACUGACAGCAGUAUUACUAUGAUAAAUUAUACCCCUACAUACUAUCAAAUUUGGUUAAUAGUCAGAAAGUACUGUGACCAGAGGUAUUUCAAAUGGCAUAGACAACGAAGAAACUAUUAAUAACAUAAUUACCCUGCUCUACCAUGUCAUAGAUAUUGUAUCACACUUCCUCGUGUAAUUAAUAUAUUGACAUCACAGUAUUUCCUUAGGCAGGAGAAAUGUACGUUAAAAAGUGAAAUUCACCCAUUUUAUAGCGCAAUUAUAUGGGGAGCUUUCAGUUAUACUUAAUGAAAACAAGUUAUAUGACGAAUAAAAUUUCAUACUUGUCUAUUUAAUUAAUUAAUAUGACAACAGUACUUAUGUAAGAUCAUCUAUUUAUCAAAAUGGGCUAUGGAAUGAGUCUUCUUUUAGCAUACAUACUAAAGGCUAUUCUAGUAAAAUAUGUACCCAAUAGGAGGACUCCAGUUCAUCAAACAGGAACUACCAACAGAAGUGGUUUAAUUCCAACAGUACUAUAUUAUAAGAUACAUUUUCUUCCAUCCCCAUUAUGGAUAGACUCUCUUUAUUUCUGGAUUACUCUCCUUGGGAUAUAUAUUUUAAUGGAAUAGCCUGAUUGCAAUUAAAUGCUAUCUGGAAUUUGUUAAGCAAGUGUAUUUGUCAUACAAACUGAUUGAGUUCAUAUACUAGUUACAAAAGUUCAUUUUUGGAGAAAAUGAAUUUUUUGUCGCUGACUGAAAAAUAUAGUAUAACUUAAUUAGUUCCUUUAAAACAAAGGGCUAUAAAGUAUCGCUGUAAAAUUUCUUUAUUGGGUGCUUAUGUUUAAAGAUCUUGAAUACAUGCGAGAUUAAAUUACACUGAAAGAUUGAUGUGUACAGUUACAUGAAUAAAUGCCCUUUGAAACCUAAUAGACCUCACUAGUUGAGGUAUGUUUUGCUUUGAGAUGUAAAAAAAUUCGCAUCAGAUAGUUUUUAUUGCUGCAGUUUCAUCUUUUUGGGCAUCAGAAAUGAAUGCAGUAUUUAUAAUGUUUAUUUAUUUUAAUAUAUAAAUUAGAUUCCAAAUUACUGGUAAUCAGUUUAAAAAGUGCUCUUUUUUUACAUUUUACUGCUAGAUUUGUACAGUAUCCCUCUAUAAAGAUUGUGGUAUAUACAUGAUGGAUUCAGGUCGCAAAUAUAUAAAGAAAAAUAAAACCUGUUGCUAAACAUAUCCUUUUAUGAGUAUAAAAUUGGGUUACAUUACAGGGGCUAGACAAUGUGAUAUGCUUGGGUUGGAAUCCUGUGGUUAAAAUAUUUCAUUCUGGGUCAGACACCUUGAUAUGACCCAAAAUGAAAUAAUUAACCCAAGGGUCAACCCCUGUCGGACCCUGAGUUCCUGGUCGGACUCCUGGGUUGAAUAUUUCAUUCUGGAUCAUAGAAUCAUGCCUAGCCCCUGUGGGUUUGAUAAGGUAACAGCAAAUUCAUAAAAUGUUAAAUGGUGAUUAUGGACUCGAUACAUAUUCAUUUAUACAGUUACAUUGUAUGUACCAGUGUCUUAAGAACAUGUGAUAUCUUUAAAGUGUCAAGUUUGCUCUGUUGAAAAUUGUGUAUAUUUUAACUGUUAUUUUCAGAUAUCAUUUGUUUAGGGUAUAUGUUGUGUGAGUGUAUCAUGAAAGAAUGUUAUUGUACGUAUUACAAAAUGGAAUAAAUGUACCAUUUUAAA